AUGGCUCUCAACCAGGGUUUCUAUGAAAUCAGUCCAGAAAAGGACAUGUGUGAGUCUCCACAGUCCUUCCGAACAUCUCAUCCAUCCAGCUGCUCUCCUCCAGAUCUGCUGUCCGUGUCUGUACUCACGGCUGACGUCACGCAUGACACACCUGGAGUUACGACUGCAAGCUCAGUUUCACAGAGUCCCACAGACACGAGUCCUCAGACGCCAGCGCUGUAUGACUCCAUACUGACCUCAGAUCAACACACCUCUCCUGCUUGUGUUGAGUUGCUGGGGGUUUCUAAAUUACCCUUCUACACACUGUCAGCACUCAUGCCCCAUCUGCCCCAGGUAUCCCCUCUUGCCCACCAAGCUAACCCGUUAUCCCUCACUGACCCCAAAGACCUUUCAAAACUAGAACAGAGGAACUCACAGGAGGGAGGCAUCAUCAUGACUGUUUCUACAAACGACUGUAAAGAUGAAACAGCAGAAGCAUCUGGAUUUGGACUGUUUUCAUUAUGUCCGUCACGUCUGGUGUUAAUCACAACUCUCAUUCUCACCUUCAUCAUCACCGUCUGCAUCGCCAUUACAGGAAAUCUCACAGAUUGCUCCGCAGCAGUGAACGACACGUCUCGUGGGAUGCGGAUUGUUGGUGGUACGGAGGCUGUGAAGGACCAGUGGGGGUGGCAGACCAGUUUACACUGGCAGGGCAAACACGUGUGUGGAGGGGCUAUUGUGACCUCUCGAUGGGUCAUCACUGCCGCGCACUGCUUUGUACAAAACAACAUGAUGACAGAGUAUCAGUGGGUAGUUGUGAUUGAUACUAUCAGUCUAUCAGAUUUGACUCAAGGUAAACGCUACAACAUACUGCAAAUACUCCCACACCCCCUUUACUCAGAGGUCACCAAUGACUACGACCUUUGCCUGCUGCAGACCCAGUCGGAGAUGGAGAUGGGAGCUGGAGUGCGACCCGUGUGUUUACCACGUCUGACAGAGUCCUUUCUGCCUGGUUCCUCGUGCUGGGUAACUGGUUGGGGUUACACCCGUGAAGGGGGGUCAGUUUCCACACACUUGAGACAGGCUCUGGUUCAGGUGAUCGAUCAGUCGCUGUGCUCACAGCCGUUUCUGUACGGUGCCCUUCUCACUCCCAGAAUGCUUUGCGCUGGCCUCAUGGAGGGAGGUGUGGACUCAUGUCAGGGUGACAGCGGCGGUCCUCUGGUGUGUAAAACUGCGGAGGGUGACUGGAGGUUGGCGGGGGUGGUGAGUUGGGGAGAAGGCUGUGGAAGACGCAACAAACCAGGCGUUUACACUCGGACCACUCAACUUUUGCAAUGGAUGGAUCAAUACAUCAAUAUAUGAAGACAAUGAAGAGGCGGUCUCGACUGUUCCCACACAGGAUGGUGGAUUUUGAAAAACAGAGUCAUUCAGUAUUUUUUUAAACAACAGAUUGC